AUACGGAUCUGCGGCGCUUGUGUGGCAUCUGCUAGGCUUCGUUUGACGAAGUUGGGUUUGUGCUCGGUGGUCUUGUGCUACUUUUACGGUUCUUGGGCGGCAUUGACGGUUUGCAAGAGUUCUCCGGCUGGUCUCUGUUAACCAGGGUGAGCUGCUGGACAUCGUAAAAAGCGAAAAAGAAAAUCAGAGGGCCGUCAGCAAUGGCAGUUGAUCUGAGUUCCUACCGGGACCAGCACUUCAAGGGAAGCCGAGCGGAGCAAGAACGCCUUCUCCGCAUGAGCUCGACGCUCUACAUCGGUAACAUGUCCUUCUAUACGACAGAAGAGCAGAUCUACGAACUCUUCUCCAAGUGCGGUGACGUCAAGAAAGUCGUCAUGGGCCUGGACCGUUUCCACAAGACGCCGUGCGGCUUCUGCUUCGUCGAGUACUACACGCGCGCCGACGCCGAAAACGCCAUGCGCUACAUCAACGGCACAAAACUGGACGACCGCAUCAUUCGUACCGAUUGGGAUGCCGGAUUCAUCGAGGGACGCCAGUUCGGUCGCGGCAAGAGCGGCGGACAGGUUCGGGACGAGUACCGAACGGACUACGACAGUGGUCGGGGAGGCUACGGCAAGUUGAUGGCCCAGCGCGUAGUACCGCCGGCAACACCAGUUUAGCGGUCGAGAAAGACUGCGUCCGUCUGUCUGAACUAACCGUUGGACACUGGGUGGUUGCACGCGUAUGCGGGACGUUUCACCCGUCGUGUUUGCGAGAUGGCGGGAUGGCGCGCUAAUUUUGCGGGGGGGUUUCUCUUGGCUACCGACGAACCGUGUUGUUUUCUCACAAAGUGCGUCUUCACACUUGGUGUGUUGCCCCUGCCGUCCCGUUCUAAUGAGCCAGAAAGUGCUUUGUUCAUCUCCAUCCCGUCUUUUUGUAUCUGUCAUGCGUGCUUGGAACGAGUGUGAGGGUCUUCAGCAUUGUCCAAAUAAAUGUCCCUGCAACAUGAGCAAAACUAAUCUCCUUUCCAAAUGAACGACAUUCGCUACGAAUACCUUUCGUUUAUUUUUACGUGCAAAAAAAAAAAAGAGCCCCUGUAAAAGUAGCAUUCAUUAUUGACUUAAGUUUGAGCUAUACACUUGCGCCAAAUUUUGGACCAAUGCACAGAUGACGGCCGAGCAUUACGGAUACAUAAGAAUCUUGGACUAAGACAAAAGUUGGAUCAGCUGUAGGGUACUUAAUGGCGAUAGUCGUGCAGGACUAUCACAUGCGAAACCUGCUGGCAGUGACUUGUUGGCUGUGGCAUCUCUGUGUCGUGCGAGUUUUGCCGAGGCUGGAAUGCUGAAGCCUCCAGAGUCCUAACUCCAGUGGUUCCCUCGACUCCUUGGACCAUAACAGUGCUGAUUUGGCCAGAAUGGUAUACAUGUUGCAACGUGAGGAAACUGUACAAGAACUGGAUGAAUGAAGUGUACAGAUGUCUUAAGACUAGUUUACAUCGAUGGCAAAUUAUAAAAUAAAGCUUCUCCAGUUUAUUCUGA